AUGGAUCAAGACGAUACGAUGGCACUGUACGAGCGGAUCCUGUCGCUCAUAAAGCCCGCGGAACUUCAUUACAGCUCAAACGACGUGUUACAAGACGAUUUCAACAGUCUAAAGAACUCCGUUGAUUGCGUCUUGGCGUCGUUUGUCAAGGUGGCAGAAGUGCGCGAUGCAGUGAAUCAAUUGGAACAGGGCAAAGCGUCUAGUUAUCGAAGUGCGAGUCUAAUGGAUCAAAUGGAUUGUACCAUGCAAUUGCAAAAGACAUUAGGCGAUCGAUUGGAGAAAAUAGCGACUGGAAUGGAAGUGGUAGACGUUAAGUAUGCAAGAGAACAGGACGAAAGACAUGAUAAACGGAAACGGAAGGAGAAGAAACAUGUUUAUAAGGAAGAGGAGAAAGGAGAAGAAGGACUGUCGUUGUUGUUACAUGAAGAGUCGACGUCAUACGUGUCCAAUGAGGCUGAAGAAGAAGAAGAAGACAGUCGAUGCAAGAAGCAGAAACGAGAAGUAUUUGAGGAGAACGAGACAAGAGUCGAGAAAAAUGGAUUGAAGACGAAGAAACAGCGCAAUGAUCUCUUGAUUGCUCACGAAGCUCUUACAGAAAUAAUGAAGGUAAAGACUGUUAACAAGAGGAUGCCGUUCGAGUCGAGGAAGUCGUGGGUGAUAGCAUUGUUUAACAUUAAGCGUGUCCUUAAGCACCAAUCUAGUCGCAGCGAUGAAACUACCGACAACGUAGCAGCUGAUGUUGCUGCUCGUGCGUUAGAGGCUGCAGCUGAUGUGUUUACGAACUUAGAGUGGACGGGUGAACACAUUGAGGAUGUGCGCUCUGUUAUCGCUGCACUGACUGAUGCAUGUUCAAAGAACGAGACGCUACGAGCUGCUUUUCACCGAGCUCGAACCCAACUAGAACGCCUUGAAAUGAGCAUCCCUGUUGCUCUUGAGCAGUUGUCUGUAAAUACGAAGCCUGCAAGCGCACGUAAAUCGGUGGAGCAUCAGCUGCAGACUUAUCAUGAUCUUGCUGGCGACAUGGAUGCACACCCUCCUGGUGCCAAAACGGACCAGAUCAUCAAGGCUCUUACAGCAAUGCAGCAAGUGGUGGCAGGAGAUGUCUUUGGCGUGCAUCAAAUUGAUGUGCGGUAUUCUACUAGUGACGUGAGUCGUUGGAUCGGCGAGACUGAGACCCCAGUUCAAAACAAUCUGUUAAAGGAAUAUACGCGCUAUGCAAACGGCAUCAUUGCUUAUAGUAAAAACUUUCCGAGUAAACCCAAGCAAAUGGAGUGGCAAAGACUUGGUACCAGCAUCCUCACACUGCUGGAUGAAAAGAUUAACUCAUCUCAACCGGCAAGAGCUAUUCAUUCGCAUAUGAGGUUUUCAAAUCAAGUGGACAAGGUGGUAAAGACAUUUAGUAAGGUAGUGUCCUACCAGUCAAAGGAUUGGAAUCCUUAUUCGGACCAUACCGUGCGCAAAGGCUUAAAGAUGCUGACUGCUUGCAUCCAGAUGAUUACUAAGAAAACACACCGUGACAAGCGUUUGAAGACGUUUAUGGAGACACAGGGUACUCCAAUGCCGGCGACGGUGCUGGAACUAGGCUGUGGUCACGGAUUACCAGGUAUCCACGCAUUAGUGCGAGGUGCACAACAAGUGACGUUUAGUGACUAUAAUAAGGAGGUACUGGAGCUUACAACAUGCCCGAACGUGCUACGAAAUGUGGACGAGUAUUUGUUCAAGAGAGCCAAAUUCUAUGCAGGGGCAUGGAGUAACAUAUCUCGAUACAUGGAGGAAGUGGAGCAGAAAACGUAUGAGCAGAUGCAAUAUGAUCUCAUCUUGACGGCUGAGACCAUCUACACGGAGGCUGUGGCAGUAGAGCUGUACCAGACGAUCAAGCGGCACUUGCGUCACGUACCAAACGCUCGGGCACUGAUUGCUGCCAAGAAGUACUACUUUGGUACAAAUGGCAGUGUACAGCACUUUGUCAGUCUUGUGGAAGCAGACGGAGUUUUUCAAGCUGAAACUGUAUGGGAAGAGUGCGACUAUCGGUCAAAUAUCCGCGAGAUUAUGCAGCUUACAUACUUGAAUGUGACAUAA